AUCCUUCCCUCUGUGGGACGCCUGGUGUGGCAGUCCCGGAGGGGCGCGGGGGACACCAGGAGGUGGUGCAGGCUUCAGCCUUGCAUCAGGAGGGUGGCACUGCUCCUGAUUGGGCCUCGUCCCUGGCGUGUCAUUAAGAAGCCCCCGUAGCAAGAAGUUGCAAACCAGACCCAGGCGAAGGGGCAUGCAGCCAGAGAGGUGGAGAUGGCAGAGUCACUACGAGGUCGGGGGCCGCGGCCGCCUUGAGCCCGAGUGCCCCGCGUCCGGAGAUGAGACGUCCGGAAACAGAAUAGUACCCGUCCCCGGAGUGCCCCGCGGCCCGCGCGGCCGGCAGCGCUCAUUGACGGCCGCCCCCGGUUCCUGUAGGAGGGGACAGGAGAGGGGAGGGAGGCCAGUAGGCCGGCGGCCCACCAUCUCCCGGGCCCACGACGCGCGCGCCGGCUCGCCCAGGCGGGAUGCAGCGGUGACCGGACCGAUUGGAGGCUGCGCGCUGGGUUCCUCGUGGAGAAGCGCUGGCUUUCAGAGGCGGCGGAGAGCCAGACCACUGGAGCGCCGCGCGACGGGUGGGAGACACGGAGACGCCUCUUUUGAGCACGGUGACAAACACCACCUCCCCCGGCGGCGAUGCGCACGUGACAGUUUUCGGGCUCCCGCAACUACACGGCAACUUGGCCUGGGUCUGCGGCUGCACACCGAGCGCCGGGUCUCCACGGCUCCGCGCCUGCCGCCCGGGUUCGAGAGCUGAGCCCCGGGAGCUGGGGGUCCCGCGCGGCCGCCCCCGCCCUGCCCAGGGCCGCGGCUUCCUCCCCGGCCCGCGAGGCGGCCCCGCGGCGGCGGCCCGGCCAUGUGGGACCCGCGGGCAGCGAGGAUGGACCCGAUAGCUUACAGUGAGCUGCUGAGACGGUCCGGCGACCAGGUCCUUCAGAACGGAAACUUCUCCUUGGCCGUCAGAAAGUACGACGAAGCCAUCCAGGUUCUCCUGCAGUUGUACCAGUGGGGGGUCCCCCCCCGAGAUUUGGCUGUGCUGCUGUGCAACAAAUCAAAUGCAUUUUGCGGCCUCGGGAAAUGGGAUGAGGCCUUCGUGGCUGCCAAGGAAUGUCUCCGGUGGGACCCAACCUACGUGAAGGGGUACUAUCGAGCUGGCUAUUCCUUGCUGCGGUUGCUCCAGCCUUAUGAGGCCGCUCACAUGUUUUUUGAAGGUCUUCAACUUCUGCAGGACAGCCAGGACCAGACCCAGGUCGCUGAUUUCCUUGUGGGAAUCUUCACCACUGUGGGCAAUGACCCCAUUGUUUUGCAAAGUUUCUUGCCCUGUUUCGAUCAUAUUUUCACUACUGGAUUCUCAACGGAAGUGUGGCAAUCUGUAAUAGAAAAGUUGGGAAAGAAAGGAUUAUGGCAUUCAUUUCUACUUCUGUCAAUGAAGAAAGACCGACUACCAGAAAAUAUCCAUGUCCCAGACUUGUCACUGAAAAGUCUCUUUGAGAAAUAUGCCUUCAUUGGACUUUAUGAGGAAAUGGAGCAGAUGCCUAUGUUAGUCCAGUGGCUCAUCUCUCUGGGUGCGAGUGUUGAGACCAUAGGACGGUACCCUCUUCACACCCUCAUGCGGCUCUGCAUCCAGGCAGGGGAAAACCAUCUUUUCAGAUGGCUGAUGGACCACAAGCCGGAGUGGAAAGGCCGCAUCAACCAGAAGGACGGGGAUGGCUGCACCGUCCUGCACGUCGUCGCGGCCACCCAGUACCCAGAAUGCCUCAUGCAGCGACAAACGGAGGAUGUGCAGAUGCUCCUGAGCUUUGGGGCAGACCCCACCCUGCUGGAUCGACAGUCCCGCUCGGCCACGGACGUCCUGAAGAGGAAUAAGAACUUCAAAGCCAUUGAGAAAAUCAGCAGUCACUUGAAAACGCUGGCUGAGUGCUCUAAGGACCUGUCAGGAUUGAACAAUGGUGACGGACCCACUAGCAAGAGUGAUAUUUUCCGGAAAGCCUCUGAACAGCUGGUGCAGUACAUGAACUCAGGAAAUGGGUUAUUGCAUAAAAACUUUCUGAAGCAAGACGUCGUUCAGAGGUUCUUGCAUCUCCUUUCUUCUCUGCAAGAAAUUCCUCCUGACCUGGUUUGUGACAUUAAUCGCAACUGUGCCAGCACCUUCAUCAAGUUUUUGCUGGAAAAACAGAAAUUCCCUGAAGUGCUCCUGCUGCUGACCCGCAAAGUCAGUGGGGAGCUGCCGCGGGGAGCCGGCCUCCUCAGGGACUGUGACUUCUCCAGCCUGGACCUCUGCUCCAUCAUCCCCCCGCUCAGCACCUGGGACCAGCGCAAGACACAGCUCCUGGGCUGUCUGAUAGACAGUGGAGCCUUGCCCGAGGGCCUCCAGGACAGCCAGGAGAGGCCGCUGGUCCUGUGCCUGCAGCGCGGCGACUUCGAGCUGGCCUUCCUUCUCUUGACGGAGGGUGCAGACCCCCGUGGGAUCUCUCUCAUGGAGGGCGACACCCCUUUGCACGCAGCUCUGCACAUCUUCUUAGACAUCGAAGCUGACAUCGGAUUUAACUUCCUCAGCCACCUGUUGGACCUGUUUUGGUGCAACCCCACUGAAUUUUACUACCUCAACCCCAACAUCCAGGACAGCAACGGGAACACGCUGAUGCACAUCCUCUUCCAGAAGAGCAUGUUGAAGCACAUGAAGAGGCUGGUGGGCCUGCUGGCGAAGUUUGACAUCAACUUCAACCUAAAGAACAAGGAAGGCAAAGAUGUGCGGCACCGGGUCAAGAAGAAUGAUGCUCUGCUCUUGGCCUGGAACAAGGCUCUGAUGGUGAGCAGGCGGAAGGGCCGGCAGGACCCGGGGAGGCUCCCAAGGUCUGCUGCCCCCGGCCACACGGCGCAGCUCAGGUCCAAGGAUUCAUCCAAGUCACUGCCAUGCAGCAUCACCGCCAGAACCAAGCCUGGAGAAGCUGUGGUCCCUGACAGCUGGGAGGCCCUCUCGGAUGCCCAGGUGGUGAGUCAGGAGCCUGGUGCUGACAGGCCCUGCUCUCUGAGAGACCGCCUGGUGCAGGACCUCACUGUGUUGAUCCAGCAGGUUGAGGUGGAUACGUCCCUCCCAGAGGAUGGUCCUCAGGCCCCUGAGCCUCUGGAGACAGGUGCUAACACAGAAGCCAAGGAAGAGGAGCACCAGCGAGCUCUGUGGGUGGAGGGCUCUGGCUGUAGUGGGAACAACCCUGCUGUCCUUGAGGCGGGGGAAGGACAUCCUCAGCUCAUUCCUGCUGGUCACAGAGGGAGGGAGGGCAGCAACAAUCUGGACAACUGCAGUGUGCAUGAGAUCGAGGCCUGCCUCCAGGACUUCGAGAGUAUGACGUGGGAGAUCGAGUGUACUUCGGAGGUGCUGAAAAAGCUGUCCAGUAAGGUAAUGACGAAGGUGAUGAAGAAGAAAAUCAUCCUUGCCAUCCAGCAGCUGGGCAAUGGCGAGUGGACGCAGGGCCUGCAGAAACGGCUGAAGCACCUGGAAGGACACAUCCAGCUCUUCGAGGCCAAGCUAGACAAAGGAGCCCGGAUGCUUUGGGAGCUUGCCAUCGACUUCUCUCCUCGAUGCAGCGAGAGCCCAGAGAAGAUCAUGGCCACAGAGUGGAACUCGCACUCCACAGAGAAGUCGGGGCAGGUCUACACAGAAAUCAUCCGGAUCUGGGACAUCGUCUUAGAUCACUGCAAGCUGUCGGACUCCAUCCGGGCCAUCUGCAAUGCCUACAACCGGGGCCAGUCCUGCGUGCUGCGGAAGAAGCUGAGGGGUAUCAACAGAGGCCAGGUGUCAGCCAGCACCAAAGUCCAAAAGCGGAUACCCCACUGCUAUGUGGAGGACACAGGGGCCGAGAGGAACAGGGGACACUUGGACCCCGAGUACUUCCCCCGGGCCAGCGCAGUGGAGACCGAGUACAACAUCAUGAAGUUCCACAGCUUCAGCACCAACAUGGCCUUUAAUAUCCUCAGCAACAUGACGGCCACCGUGGAGUACCCGUUCCGAGUGGGCGAGCUCGAGUGCGCUGUGAUCAACCUGCACCCCAGGCCGCUGGAGCCCAUCAUCCUCAUCGGGCGCAGCGGCACUGGGAAGACAACCUGCUGCCUGUACCGGCUGUGGAAGAAAUUCCACAUUUACUGGGAGAAGGCCGAGCAGGCAGGGAGCCCACUGCUGGCCAAACAGAUGUGGCUGAAGAGCAGGCUGGAGGUGGAACCCCAAAAGGAGAGUCCCGCUGGGGAGGAAGAGGCAGAGGAGGAAGGUGGGGAGGGCAGUUCCAUUGGGAUGGAGACCAUGGACAGCACAGAUGAGGAGCCAGAGGGUGCAGCCUGCACAGGGGCAGCCAGCGGGGAGCCAGGGAGGCCCAGUCCAGAGGCAGAAGUAUGCACCCCCGAGUGUCCCCACCAGCUGGAGCAUUUACAUCAGAUCUUUGUGACCAAGAACCAUGUUCUGUGCCAGGAGGUGCAGAGGAAUUUCAUUGAGCUCUCCAAGUCUACCAAGGCCACCAGCCAGUACAGACCCCUGGAGCCUGACGUGCACAAGCUCCAGGACUUGCGGGACGAGAACUUCCCUCUGUUUGUCACCUCCAGGCAGCUGCUCCUCUUGCUGGAUGCUUCUCUGCCCAAACCAUUUUUUCUGAGAAAUGAAGAUGGCAGCUUGAAAAGAUCCAUCCUGGGAUGGUCCACGCAGGAAGAGCUCAGCAUCCCCAAAUGGCAGGAGGAUGAGGAGGAGGCCGAGGUGGACUGGGACUCCGGCCAGGAGGACAAAGCUGUGGAAACACAGACGUAUGACAGUGACCCCCGGGUGUAUGUGACAUUUGAGGUGUUCACCAGUGAAAUAUGGCCCAAAAUGGCCAAGGGGAAAACCUCCCACAACCCUGCGCUGAUUUGGAAAGAAAUAAAAUCUUUCCUGAAGGGGUCUAUUGAGGCUCUUAGCUGUCCUCAGGGGAGACUCACGGAAGAUGCAUAUAAGAAGCUGGGGAGGAAGCGGUCCCCCAAUUUCAAGGAGGACCGGAGUGAGAUCUACAGCCUCUUCUGCCUGUACGAGCAGAUCAGGUCUCAGAAAGGUUAUUUUGAUGAAGAGGAUGUUCUGUACAACCUGUCCCAGAGGCUCCUGAAGCUCAAGGUGCUCCCAUGGUCCAUCCAUGAGCUCUACGGUGAUGAGGUUCAGGACUUCACACAAGCUGAGCUGGCCCUGCUGAUGAAAUGCAUCAAUGACCCCAACGCCAUGUUCCUCACUGGGGACACGGCCCAGAGCAUCAUGAAGGGUGUGGCCUUCCGCUUCAGCGACCUGCGCUCCCUGUUCCACUACGCCAGCAGGAACGCCGCAGACAAGCAGUGUGCUGUCCGCAAGCCCAAGAAGAUCCACCAGCUGUACCAGAAUUACAGGUCCCAUUCGGGAAUCCUCAACCUGGCAUCUGGAGUGGUGGACUUACUUCAGUUCUAUUUCCCAGAAUCUUUUGAUCGUCUUCCAAGGGAUUCUGGCCUCUUUGAUGGUCCAAAACCAAUUGUCCUGGAGUCUUGUAGUGUAAGCGACUUGGCAAUUUUGCUACGAGGGAACAAGAGGAAAACCCAGCCCAUUGAAUUUGGAGCUCACCAGGUAAUCCUUGUAGCUAAUGAAAUGGCAAAGGAGAAAAUUCCUGAAGAGCUGGGGUUAGCGCUUGUGUUAACAAUUUAUGAAGCAAAAGGCUUAGAGUUUGAUGAUGUCCUCCUUUACAACUUUUUUACUGACUCAGAGGCUUACAAGGAAUGGAAGAUCAUCUCCUCGUUUACACCUUCACUACCUGACUCCAGAGAGGAAAACCGGCCACUGAUUGAAGUGCCUCUGGAGAAACCCAGCUCCUCCCAUGGUUGGCCUCUCACGGUGAAUCCAGAAAUGUACAAGCUCCUCAACGGAGAGCUGAAGCAGCUGUAUACGGCCAUCACCCGGGCUCGGGUUAACCUCUGGAUCUUUGAUGAGAACCCGGAGAGGCGGGCUCCUGCUUUCAAAUAUUUCAUCAGAAGAAGUCUUGUCCAGGUUGUGAAGACAGAUGAAAAUAAAGAGUUUGACGACAGCAUGUUUGUGAAGACCUCAACCCCUGAGGAGUGGAUUGCUCAAGGGGAAUACUACGCCAAGCACCAGUGCUGGAAGGUUGCAGCCAAGUGUUACCAAAAAGGAGGUGCAUUUGAGAAGGAGAAACUGGCGUUGGCCCACAACACUGCCCUGAACAUGAAAUCGAAGAAAGUCAGCCCCAAGGAAAAGCAGGUGCAGUACUUGGAACUGGCUAAGACCUAUUUGGAGUGCAAUGAGCCACAACUGUCCCUUAAGUGUCUGAGCUACGCCAAGGAGUUCCAUCUCUCUGCCCAGCUGUGCGAGAGGCUGGGGCAGAUAAGAGAUGCUGCCUAUUUCUAUAAGCGAAGCCAGUGCUACAAAGAUGCUUUCCGAUGCUUUGAGCAGAUUCAGGAAUUUGAUUUAGCCCUUAAAAUGUACUGCCAAGAGGAGCUUUUUGAAGAAGCUGCUAUUGCAGUGGAAAAGUACGAAGAAAUGCUAAGGACCAAAACCCUUCCCAUAUCCAAGCUCUCCUAUUCUGCCAGUCAGUUUUACUUGGAAGCUGCAGCGAAGUACCUUAGUGCAAAUAAGAUCAAGGAGAUGAUGGCUGUCCUCUCAAAGCUGGACACGGAAGACCAGCUGGUGUUCCUCAAGUCUCGGAAGCGGCUAGCAGAAGCUGCAGACCUGCUGAACAGGGAAGGUCGGAGGGAAGAGGCUGCCUUGCUGAUGAAGCAACACGGCUGCCUCUUGGAGGCUGCCAGGCUCACUGCCGACAAGGACUUCCAGGCCUCGUGUCUGUUGGGGGCUGCCCGCCUCAAUGUGGCCAGGGGCUCUGAUGCAGAGCGUACCAAGGCCAUUCUGAGAGAAGCCCUUGAUCUCUGCUGUCAAACCAACCAGCUUUCUGGCAUUGCCGAGGCCCACUUCCUGCAGGGGGUACUCCUGAGAGACUUUCAGAAGCUCAAGGAGGCCUUCCUCAAGUUUGAAUCCCUCAACCACGCGGCUGGAGUGGUGGAAGCACUCUACGCAGCCACCGGCCACUGUGAGACCGGGCCGGAGAGGGUGCUGGCCCUGGCCCCGGCAGGCUUGGAGCUGCUCCUCGAUCUGGUCAGGGCCCUCAAGAAAGUGACCAACAAUGCGGAGAAGGAGAUGGUCAAGUCUUGCUUUGAGGUUUUUGGGAUUUCUCAGAUGGAUGCCAAGUAUUGCCAGAUUGCUCAGAAUGACCCUGGGCCCAUAUUAAGAAUAAUCAUUGAUCUGAAUCUGAACUUGAGAGAGAAGAAAACAAAAGAGAACUUCUUGAUAACGACUGACCAUGUGAAACUAGCCCUGAACAAGCACCUUUUGAACAGGCUGUGUCAGAUCACACAGAGCCUGCUUGGGAAGACCUACCCGGGCGUCUGCGCCAGGGUCAUCGUAGGCUUAAAAUGUGAGGAUGGAAACUGUGAAGCUUUCCACAGGCCCCUGCGGCGUUGUGAGGCCAAGUGUUUGGUUCAGUCCAAACUGCACCUGGUGGCGAUCAAUGGGUUGCUUUUGGAAGCCAAAAAAGUCUUCCCUAAAAUCUUAGCUAAAGAACUUGAAGAAAUUGAUUAUAUUUUGUCUACAGACACAUAUAGCCUCUGCAAAUCCUUCCUGAAUGUCCUCUUCCCUAAACAUUUUCAUCAGAGGGUGUUGUCGGAAAACGCCAUGGCAUGCAAAGAAAUCCUCAAACCAGGUGGCAGAGCCUUCCGGUCUUACAGGUUUGCUCUGAAAGAGUACAUCCAUUUUCUGUUCCAAAAAGAAAGCGCACGAAACCGCCGGGAGUCUACAGACCUGUGGCUGAGGGCCAUGCAGGCUUUCCUUCUCUCUUCCAACUACCCAGCGGAGUUUGAGAAGCUGCUGCACAAGGAGGAGGACAGCUACAACAGGGAACGCAAAGCUCUCCAGUCGGAAAGAGAGGAAAGGGGGCCGGGGAGAGGCAGCAGGAAGAAAGGAGUGGAAGGGAAAUUUGGCAUGCUGGUGCCCAACAAGGAUGAGCAGAGUGCCGACAAGACCCACCUGUGCUUCAUCCGGCUGCUGGAGAACUGCAUGGACCAGUUCUAUGUGUACAGGAACCCAGAAAACUGCAAGAGGCUCUUUUUCCGGUUCAUGAAUGUCCUUGUCAGGCGGUGCCAAGAGCCGCUCAUCCCUGGCAUUGGAAACACGGUGGCCCUGCUGGAGUUCCAGUUCAUCCACUGCGGGGCGGUCCUGGCCCGCCUCUCCAAGAACACCGUCCUGUGCCUCCCCAAGAGCUACCUCGCGCUCUUGCACUACUGGGAGUUCCUGUUCAGCAGGAAGGACAGGGAGCCCCGGGAUGUGUUCUCCAUCAUUCAGGAAUACAAGCCCAGGGAUGUGACAAGAGCCAUUCAGGACUUCCGGUUCCACCUCUCCUACCUGGUCAAGGUGCUCUGCGGCUACGAGAACGCGCACUUCAAUGUCCUGCUGGACGCCUUUGCUGAGAUAGACUGCGUGGUCUCCGGGGAGGCGGAACGGGCACUGGUGCUGUGCUUGGUGAUGCUGGUGAAUGCCCAGGCGGUCCUGCGGCCACACUGCCGGCCUCUCCUGUCCUGCCACUUCCAGGAGAUGGAGGCCAGGCUCCAGCUGAUGAGCACGGACUUCCCAGGCCAGGUGCCUGAGAGGCUCCUGAGAGCAGUGAGGCACGUGCUGGUGGCAGUCAAUGCCAAGUCCGUGGCUGAGGUGCUGCAGGACCUGCUCUUUGAGCGGGACGGGGAGUACCUGAUGGACUGCUCCUGGCAGUGGGACAGUGGGCAUACCUCGGGGACUGUGAUCCACGGCCUCUACCACGAGGAGGUCAGACUAAACCGCCUGCUCUGUGUGGACCCCAUGAAGGACCUUGCUGAACCAGAGUGUGAGUGUGGCCAGGACGAGGCAGAUGAGCUGGCAUUAGAAGAGCGAGACUACCUCCUCACCACCAUUCUCUCCCAGAAGCAGUGGAAGGCGUCCAUCCAGCGCAAGCUGAGGAGAGCAUGCCUGGUGGUGUCCCUCUGCAUCAGCUGGAGGAGAAGGGUGGGCGCCCCGACGGAGUGCUGCAGGGAGGAGAACAGGGAGCCUGCAGCCGGGAGUUUCAAAAGGGCUGAUGUGGACAGGACCCAGUGCGACCUGUGUGGCGUGAAGUUCACCCGCGCUCCCGAAAGCUAUUUUGGCCCCUCUGAAGCAUUUGAGGGGUCAGCUUCCAAGGUGGUGGCACUGUCUGGGGCUGGGCAGGAAGACAGGAGAGGUCCAGAUUGGAGCAGCAUGUCCUACGAGCAUCACGUCCUUCUGGAGGGCCACCAGAGGCAGCAGAUGGCCUACCAGAAAUACUCUGAGUUUUUCCGGGAGACAGUGGACCCGGCCAUUGAUGAAGGCAAGCUGGUGGUGCAGGACCUGGAGCAGAGCAUGUGGGUCUGCAGCCACCUGGGCUCCAAAGAGCACAGCCACAUGCUGCAGAGGAAGGUCCAGGAGAACAUCAAGAAGGUUUUGGAUAUGGUGGAGGACCUCUACCGGCGGAAGGCCUGGGCUGGUGCUGAGGAGGUGAUGGCUCGGCUGGUCAGCGUUCUGAUCCCGUCUGUCAGGACUGCACGGGAGUGGCUGAUGCAAAUGGAACUCCGCUUGAAGGAGGAAGGAGUCGUCCAGGAAGAUGAUUACCAACACGAAGCUGAAGACUUUGGGGAGCUCCGUCCCAUCAGGCGCUGGCGGAAAGGUGGAAAGCAGAGGAGAUGCUAAGGUCCACACAGCUGCCGCCUCCUGCGCCUGCAGCACCUUCUGUCCUGGCUUAGAGUUCUGAGUGCUGGGGCAGAAGGGAAAAGGGUGCAGGUGAGCCUGAGGACCAGGGGGUCUAGCGGCCCCUUGCUUCUCUUCCUGCCCUGGGGCCUUGGGGUCCGGUGCUCCCUCACCUGCAGGGGCCUCCUGUGCUGCCCACGCUGAAGGGGGGAGCACUAGUUCUCCCUGGGACUUGCUCAGAUGAGAGCCCUCUCAGCUGAAGGCAGCCGUGGACUCCUCGCCCGGAAGCCUGCUGUGCUGCGGCUCAUGACAUCCCGAUGAGUCAAUAGCAGCGGACAGGCCUCACCUCAAGAGUUGCCGCUGUUCUGGUGGGAAAUCCCUCUACAGAUUCCUUGACCCCCUUUCACGUGGCUGCAACACCAAAAGAACAUGAGCUGUGUGUGCCCAGGGUCCACGAGGCCAUGCCACUGCCCUCUGACCCCAGGCCACACCGUGGUCACCUCUGAGCCUACUUGUAGCAACUUUCCUCCUGUUACAUAUCAGCCAUUUCUCUCUGUGACAUCUCUUCCCAACUCCCCAUAUUUUGUGGCCUUUCUGUUCUACCUAUGUGGUCACGGUUAGACACCUAGCAUAUAAGAGUUCCGCAGGAAAGGAGGGCCGGGGGGUGUUGCGGGGGUCCCGGCCCACCGCUCUGAGGUCGUCCUAACGCUGCCUUGGCUGUGAUGCACACAUUCCAAAGAGGGUUUGCAAGUAGCCCUACAGGCCUUGUUUUCCUGUUCUCCCUGGCAUGUUUGCCAUCCCUGCUUAGGCUGACAUUCUGAGAAGUUUCUCCACUGAGCACACCACAGUGGGAGAGUGACCUGCAGGUCAGGGACAGAGAGUGGAGGAGGAAGGCAGCCUUACAGUGCCAGUCCAUGGGACUUGGCUGUGAAUCACUGCCCUAGGCCUGGUUGGCCCUUUAAGAGGAGGGGAUGUGGGCCUGUUUGCAGGAGUCCACUGCUUACCCCCAGCCCCACUGAGCCAGUAGCCACCAGGAAGGCCCAUCCAGGAAGGCCUCACUGCCCACCCCUUGCCCGCUGCUCAGCUCGGCCUGGUGCAGAGGUCCGGCUCCCGGCGUCGGUCCUUUGCCCGUUUGGUCAUCUUGGCAGAACUCCCCGCGCUGCUCCCUCCUGAUGCUGCUCUCUGCUGCGUGCUGUUUUCUCUUUGUUGUCUUUCCAAAUGACUCUUUUUCCUUGAAAUGUUUAUGUUUCUACUUUUUAUUAGGUUAUGUUUCUAAUUUUUAUUCCAGAUGUUUUUUUAUAAAUUUCACUCCCCAAAAGAAAAUAAGAGAAAAAAAAACAAUCAAAUCUUGUAUUAUGUUUCUAUAAAGUUAACUCAUUUCUCUUA